AUGAAGGAGACGGGCACAGAUGUGAAGGCAGAGAUGUCUUCAGUCCUUGCCUGUUUGCUGUUUUUCCUGGCGGGCUGCUUGGGAUACCAGCACCACGCCUGUCACUGCAUGGGAAGGGUCUUCAUUUGUGAGGAAAGCAAGGUGGUCCAUGUUCCCCGGGACAUCCCUGCCAACAUCACCGAACUGAGAUUUGUCCUCACCAAGAUGAGAGUCGUUCCAAAAGGAGCUUUUGCAGGACUUCUUGACCUAGAGAAAAUAGAGAUCUCACAAAAUGAUGCCUUGGAGGUCAUAGAAGCAAAUGCGUUUUCCAACCUUCCCAAACUACAUGAAAUAAGAAUUGAGAAAGCCAACAACCUUGUGUACAUUGAUGCAGAUGCCUUCCAACACCUUCCAAGCCUCAGAUAUUUGUUAAUAUCAAAUACUGGCCUUCGGUUUUUACCUGCUGUCCAUAAGGUUCAGUCUUUCCAGAAAGUUUUGCUAGAUAUUCAAGACAAUAUCAAUAUACGAGUAAUUGAAAGAAACUCAUUCAUGGGCCUGAGUUCUGAAAGUGUGAUUCUAUGGCUAAAUAAAAAUGGAAUUCAGGAAAUUGAGAAUCACGCAUUUAAUGGAACAUAUCUGGAUGAGCUAAAUCUAAGUGAUAAUCACAACCUAGAAAAAUUACCAAAUGAGGUCUUCCAGGGAGCCAAUGGGCCUGUUGUUUUGGAUAUUUCAAGCACGAAAAUCAGUUUCCUGCCAAGUCAUGGAUUAGAACUCAUUAAGAAGUUAAGAGCAAGAUCUACACACAAUUUAAAACAGCUUCCUGAUCUAAGCAAAUUUAGAUCUUUGAUUGAAGCGAACUUCACGUAUCCGAGCCAUUGCUGUGCAUUUACAAACUGGAAAAGACAAAACACCGAAUUACAUCCGAUAUGUGUCACGUCUCAGGCCAAGAAAGACCUUAAGGAGCAGCCUGGUGAAAAGCUACAGAUACAAUCCAGAGCUGAAGAUUAUAUUUCAAGCUACGGCACAGGAUUUGAUCCAGGAGAGAAUGACUUUGACUACGGUUUAUGCAACGAAGUAGUUAACGUAGCUUGCUCACCAAAACCUGAUGCUUUCAAUCCAUGUGAAGAUAUCAUGGGAUACAACAUUCUACGAGUCCUGAUAUGGUUUAUCAGCAUUUUAGCUAUCACUGGGAACAUUGUUGUCCUCAUUAUUUUAAUAAGCAGCCAAUACAAGCUCACUGUACCUCGCUUCCUGAUGUGCAAUCUUGCAUUUGCAGACCUCUGCAUAGGCAUCUAUCUGUUGUGUAUUGCAUCUGUGGAUAUCCAGACCAAAAGCCAGUAUUACAACUACGCCAUAGACUGGCAAACUGGGGCAGGAUGCAAUACUGCAGGAUUUUUCACAGUGUUUGCGAGUGAACUGUCAGUCUACACACUGACUGUGAUCACCCUGGAGAGGUGGCACACCAUCACCUAUGCCAUGCAGCUGCACCGCAAGGUUCGAUUGCGUCACGCUGUGAUUAUAAUGGUUUUUGGCUGGCUGUUUGCUUUCACAGUAGCACUUCUUCCCAUAUUUGGAGUCAGCAGCUACAUGAAGGUCAGCAUCUGUUUGCCCAUGGAUAUAGAAACACCACUUUCUCAGGCUUAUGUUGUAUGUCUUUUAGUGUUGAAUGUGCUCGCAUUUGUGAUUAUAUGCGUGUGCUACAUCUGCAUCUACUCCACUGUGAGGAACCCCAAUGUGAUCUCUUCCAACAGUGACACCAAGAUUGCCAAGCGCAUGGCCAUACUCAUCUUCACAGACUUCCUCUGCAUGGCACCCAUAUCCUUUUUUGCAAUAUCAGCCUCACUCAAGGUUCCUCUCAUCACAGUGUCCAAAUCCAAGAUCCUUCUGGUUUUGUUUUACCCCAUCAACUCCUGUGCUAACCCUUUCCUCUACGCCAUUUUCACCAAGACUUUCCGCAGGGAUUUCUUCAUUCUGUUGAGCAAGUUUGGUUGCUGUGAAAUGCAAGCCCAGAUUUACAGAACAGAGACCUCCUCAUCUGCUCCUAAUUUCCACACAAGAAAUGGUCAUUGCCCUCCUGCAUCAAAAAACAGUGAUGGCCCUAUUUAUUCAUUGGUUCCUCUGAAUCACUUGAACUGAAACACUUGCAUGGAUUUGUGUCUGAGGCAGUGUGAUAAUCACUUCCAACAGUGCAUUUGAAUAAUGACUUCAGCAUAGCAUGUAAACUUAUGUUUUAUGAGGAAAGAAAAAGUUAUUUCCACUUUGCUAUUUUUGUUCAAUGAACAACCAUCAGAGAUGGCACAUCAUCUUCAUCAGCUCUUGAAGACCAAAGUACCAAAGUCUUCUCAUAGAAUUGCCUUAAGAAAGAAAUGAGAUCAUAAACCAGUAUCUCCCACCAUGUAGGCAGAAAUUCCCUUCAUUCUAGGAAGAUGUUAGCUGCUUAUUGAGAAUUAAGUAGUGUUUAUAUACAGUCGAAAGAAAAAAAAUAUGUAGAAAUAAUUUCUUUUUGUGUGAAAUGUGUUAUAACAAUGACAAAUAAUUAGGUUUUUUUCAUUAAUUGUACUUUCUGGGCUUGCAGAAGACAGGAGGCCUACUUAAACCCUCCUUGAGCACAGACUUACUAGGAGUGAGAAUAUCCUGUGUUGUUUCCAUUUCUGUUGACCACAGCAGAGGGGCGGAAGACAUCUCCAGCUAUGUUGGUGUUUUCUGUUCCACACUGCAUGGACCUGCCUUACUCUGCACAGAAGUGUCACUUUGGUUGGGUUUUGUGUUGAUGUGGAUUGGCAGGCUCAGAGAAACAUAUUUCGUCUAAGUUUUUCUCUAGAAGUUGGUUUGGUUUGGGGUUUGUUUUCAAGGUAAGAAAGCGCAAGAACAAAGGCAGGAGAAACCCCUUAUAAUAAGGAGGAUGUUCUCUCAAGUUGUUCUCACAGAGCUGGGUUGAAUUCACUUUUGUGUGUCUGGGCCCCUUGGAUAUGCCAAGAUGGGCCAAUGGGCUGCUGUAAGAUGAUACAAGAGGCAGGUUUACUAUACAACAACAUUAGUGCAUUAACCUGCCUGGGCUGUGUAAAGGACAAUGGACCUAGGUAUGGCUUUUGAAACCCUGAAUAAAAGUAUAAAAGUUUAUGAGAAAUCCUAAUUUUUUGUAAAAUAUUUUUAGGAUUUCCCCUUCCCUUCAAAAAAAAAAAGAAAAUCCUUUGUGUGCACAUUAUCAGAUGAUGGUCCAGACUGGAAGAUCUGAAAUAAACCAUAAGCUGUGUAUGUUGAAAUAACAAAACAAAACAAAACAAA